AUGCUAGAUGAUAGAAAGAUGAAAGGUCAUAGCCCUGUCCUCAAGCUGCCUUUAGGGAAUGUAUUAGGUUUACAGAGAAGAGAGCAAGACAGUAACUUGAUCAAGAAGGCAUUUGCAAAACCACUACGACAAAAGUUCAGUGAACAGAAUGAAAGAGUACAAAAUCCCCAACAGGAAAACCAAUUAGUUGUCUGUUGCAACAGUGAGGAUGAAGAAGAGAUGACAAAGUAUUAUGAGAAUAUAGGAACAUUUAUCAAAGUAAAGAUCCCAGCUUACCACUCUUCUCUCAUGGACCCUGACACCAAAAUCAUUGGAAACAUGGCACUGUUGCCUAUCAGAAGUCAGUUCAAAGGACCCAUCCCUAGAGAGACAAAAGAUAUAGGCAUUGUGGAUGAAGCCAUCUAUUACUUCAAGGCCAAUGUCUUCUUCAAAAACUGUAAGAUUAAGAAUGAAGCUAAUAGAACCUUGAUAUAUAUAAUUCUCUACACUUUUGAUGAGUGUCUAAAGAAUCUCCAAAAGUGCAAUUCCAAAAGCCAAGGUGAAAAAGAAAUGUAUGCACUAGGAAUCACUAAUUUUCCCAUUCCUAGAGAGCCUGGUUUUCGACUUAAUGUAAUUUAUGCCACCCCAGCAAACAAACAGGAAGGUAAGGCGAUAGGGGCCUACUUAAAGCAGUUGAGACAAGCAACUGGACAGAUUUGUGACAAAGUUUUUGACCCUCAGAACGAUAAACAUAGCAAGUGGUGGACUUGUUUUGUAAAGAGACAGCUCAUGAAAAAGAGACUUUCAGGACCUGGACAGUGA